ACACGCUCACACGCCGCCAGAGAGAGAGAAAGAGGACCCAACAUGGCCGAAGCAGAAGGAAGCGAGUUAACUUCUGUUGGUAUUUUCCAGGAGAUCUUCACCUCCCCGCUGAACCUCACCCUGCUCGGCCUCUGUCUCUUCCUCCUCUACAAGAUCUUCCGCGGGGACAAACCACCGGACCCCGGCGAGGUGGAGCCGCAGCUGCCCAAACUGAAAAAGAGAGACUUCACCCUCGCAGAGUUGAAGCCCUACGACGGACUCCAGGACCCGAGGAUCCUCAUGGCCGUCAACGGGAAAGUGUUCGACGUGACCAGAGGGAAGAAGUUCUACGGCCCAGAGGGGCCGUACGGAGUGUUUGCGGGCCGAGAUGCGUCCAGGGGUCUGGCCACGUUCUGCCUGGAGAAGGAGGCCCUGAAAGACGAACACGACGACCUGUCCGACCUGAACACCAUGCAGCAAGAGAGCCUCUCCGAGUGGGAGACCCAGUUCACUAGUAAGUACGACUACAUCGGCAAGCUCCUGAAACCAGGGGACGAGCCCGCUGAGUACACAGACGACGACGACGAGGGAAAGGACAAAAAGACGGACUAGAAACGUAUUGAGAGAACUGGGGGGGGGGAUGGCCGAUGCCUUAAUGUUGGUUUGUAAUUUUGAUGCCCGUUUCCUCCAAUCCUCUGUAUGUAUUCUAGUACUUUUGGACUGUCACGAUCCUGACUAAACUACAUUCAUCUCCUUUGACCUCGUGGCACUAACCGUUAAACGUGCUGCAUACUGGUGUGUCGUCGUCAAGAGUUUUACCAGUCGGCUGAAAAACAGAUCCGUUAAAUUGUUGGACCAAUUCCACUGCCGUUUAUGUAUCAUGUCGGUUGAGAAGAGAUAAUCCACGGCUCUGUCGUACACUUUGUUAAUAUCGCUGCUGACGUAUCGCAGGUUGGACACAUUCCUUUCAGUCAAGAUUUGGCUCAGUUCACAUUGAAAUGAAUUAUCUCAGGAAGUAGUUUAACAAAAAAAAAUAGCAAAAAUAUUUUGAGGUUCUGGAGGUUGUUUUUUUCUUCAGAAAACAUUUAAUGCGCUCAUUGUUGGAACAAAAGCUAGCUAGACUGGCCGACAAGUUUCCGUGACAGUAGAUCUCUUUCUAGUGUCAACGUUAGGAAGGAUGAAAAAUGCAAAAUCUUUCAUUUGGAAAGCUUUGGUAAGCCUGCAUUUCCCACCGUAGUGUGUUUUAUCAACACAAAUGUGAAGUAAGCUGGAAAAAAACACUGCUAUACAUAUCUACAUAUAUAUGUAUGUGUAUAAUAUAUAUUUUCUACGCUAACCACAUGAGCUUUGUUCAGUUAUGUGACAAGUGAACGGUUUCCUGUCUGUGUUUUACACAAUGAGUGUAUUGUUAACCCAUCAAAUGUAUCUGCUGGUCUCAAUUCUAUGAUGGUGCUUUAGAGCCAUUGUAGGUACAAAAAAAGAACGGAGUGAUUACAGGGCAGGGGGAAUAUUCCAUUAAGAAACAACUCCGUUGAAAUCGUCAUGAAUCCAUUUCUGAUGGAAAUUUGAUUAAUUGCUGAGAUUAUUGCGUCAAUUCACAAAAACAAUGAUAAAGAACUACUUUAGUUUAUUUAGCUAUUCCUGAUAUUUUUGUUAAUUUGAAAUUUGAACCUCUGGCCCUGACUCUGUAGUUAGUGUUAGUUUGUUGUCCUCCAAGGAGCUUGUACACUGCAUUGAAUUUCUCCUGUCCGUUAAUACAUUUGUAGAAUACUUUCUUGUAAUAAAUGUUAAUUUUCUAAAUGUAAAAUCUACAGAUCCCUAUUAUACGUUCUAUUAACCAGUGAACUCAUUUAUCAAGCAAAAAAAAUACUCUGGUUUCACCUCCUCCAAUAGAAGAAGUUGCCGCUUUUCUAACGUUAAUCACCGAUUAUGAUUUCCAUCCUUUUUAAGAUUGUUGACUGUAGGUCGGAUGAAACAAGUAAUGUGCAAUGAUAUACUACAAAACCGCAAAUGAUAAAAUAAGAAAGCCUCCCUGUUGUGCGUCACUUUAGUUCUCACAACUUCUGCUUUUCACAUGGUGCAGUGUGUGUUGGAAUGAUGAUACUACGAAAGAAAUGGCUACACUUAUAAACACGAGGAAGUCCAAGCUGCUGCCGGUAAUUUUAUAAAAUCAGUUUCAGUUAUUCCCCUUUCAGCUGAGGGCUUGUUUACAUUCUUUUUGACACUAAAUCCAUGAUCUGAAGUCUGAAAAAAGUCAUUAAAGACUAUUUUUGGGAGCCGUCCAAUACUUUCAAAAGAUUUUUUUAGUAAUACUUUCCAUACAUCUGAAGUGUUCUAAAUCAUUAUUGAAUACGGAACACAAUGGUUUUAAAUGUUAAACCUGUUCUGCCUUUGUCGACGGUGAGUCAUUGGCCACUUUCCCAAAAUACAUUGAGAGGGAAUAUAUUCAGUAUGAUGUACAUAAACUAAAUGCCAUAAUUCUUCAAAUGAUAUUUUGAUUUAAUAAAGGAUAUUACAAAAUAAA